AUGGCGGCAAUAGCGGAAAUCAGCGGUAUCGACACCGGGCGUGAUAGCGACCUGAGUGUGUCACCAUUCGGCAGCAUCAGUACAAACACAACCCCGGAUACCGAGUUCUCGCCUCCAGACAGCCCAUUCCAGCAAACCAGGCCUCCAAGAGACGAGAGGCAUCUGGCUAGGAAGAAGCUGGCUACCCUGACCCUGGAGGAAAAGGUCUCACUACUGACGGCCGCAGACUUUUGGAGGACCAAGGCGAUCCCAUCCAAGAACAUCCCGGCUAUCAAGACAAGUGACGGGCCGAAUGGUGCCCGUGGUGGGAUUUUCGUCGGAGGUACCAAAGCUGCUUUUUUCCCUUGCGGUAUCUCGCUGGCGGCAACAUGGAACAAGAAUAUGCUAUAUCAAGUUGGUCUGCAUCUUGCUGAGGAAGCCAAGGCGCGGUCGGCCAGCGUCCUCCUUGCGCCAACCGUUUGUAUGCACAGACACCCGCUUGGGGGGAGGAACUUUGAGUCGUUUUCUGAAGACCCUCUCCUGACUGGCAAACUGGCGGCCCAGUACAUCAGCGGCCUGCAGGAGAGAGGUGUAGCCGCAACAGUUAAACACUUUGUUGGCAACGAGCAGGAGACGGAGAGACAAACUGUCGACUCGAGAAUUGCCGAGAGGCCGCUUCGAGAAAUUUACCUGCGCCCUUUCGAGAUCGCGGUCCGUGAGGCUAGGCCUUGGGCGCUCAUGACUUCGUAUAAUCUGGUGAACGGCGUUCAUUCUGACAUGAACGAACACAUCCUCAAGGACAUUCUCCGUGGGGACUGGGAGUAUGAUGGAACCGUCAUCUCGGACUGGGGCGGUCUCAACUCGACUGUCGAGUCGCUUAAGGCUGGCUGCGACAUCGAGUUCCCCUUUUCUACCAAAUGGCGCUUUGAAAAGCUUUUCGACGCACUUAAAGACGGGAAACUCGCCGAAGCCGAUAUCGACCGGGCCGCUGAGAACGUUCUUACACUUGUAGAGCGCACCAAAGGCAGCGACCUGACUCCCGAGGCCGAAGAGGUAGAGGAUGAUCGUCAAGAGACACGGGAACUCAUCUACGAGGCUGCCGUCCAGGGGCUUACGCUGCUGAAGAAUGAGGGGUCGAUUCUGCCGAUCAACCCCAAGACGGCCAAGGUGGCCGUCAUUGGACCGAAUGCUAACAGAGCAAUUGCGGGCGGUGGCGGAAGCGCGAGCCUUAACCCUUACUACACAACCCUGCCCCUUGACAGCAUCCGCAAGGUCGCCCAGCAGCCCGUCACAUACUCCCUGGGAUGCAGCAUCAACAAGUGGCUCCCAGUUGCAUCUCCCUACUGCUCCGACAAGACGGGGAAGCAAGGGGUUACAAUUGAGUGGUUCAAGGGUGACAAGUUCCAGGGCCCGCCCGUCGUCAUCCAGCGGCGGACCAACACGGAUCUCUUCCUGUGGGACUCGGCGCCCCUUUCCGACGUGGGACCCGAGUGGUCGGCAAUCGUGACGACGUACCUGACGCCCAAAACUAGCGGGAAGCACACCAUAUCGUUCAUGUCAGUGGGGCCGGGCAAGCUGUACGUUAAUGGGAAGCUUGCUCUGGAUCUCUGGGACUGGUCAGAAGAAGGCGAGGCCAUGUUUGACGGCUCGGUGGACUACCUUGUCGAGGUCGACAUGGACGCGAACCGGGCGGUGGAGCUCCGCGUCGAGAUGACGAACGAAUUGCGCCCCGUGGCCAAGCAAAAGCAGUUCAACAUGACGCACAAGUACGGCGGGUGCCGGAUCGGCUUCAAGGAGGAGGACAAAGUCGACUAUCUACAAGAAGCGGUCGAUGCGGCGAAGGCUGCUGACGUGGCUGUGGUGAUUGUCGGUUUGGACGCCGAGUGGGAGUCGGAAGGAUAUGAUCGCCAGACCAUGGACCUGCCCUUCGACGGCAGCCAAGACCGCCUGAUUGAAGCUGUCGUCCAGGCCAACCCGCGCACCGUGGUCGUCAACCAGUCCGGCUCGCCCGUCACAAUGCCCUGGGUCGACCGGGUGCCCGCCAUCAUUCAGGCGUGGUACCAGGGCCAGGAAGCGGGCAAUGCGCUUGCCGACGUUCUCUUUGGUCUCAGGAACCCCAGCGGAAAGCUACCGUGCACCUUCCCCCGCCGACUAGAGGACACACCGGCGUACCACAACUGGCCCGGCGAGAACCUGCAGGUGGUGUACGGAGAGGGCCUGUACAUUGGGUAUCGGCACUACGACCGGGUCAAGGUGGCGCCGCUGUUUCCCUUUGGACACGGCCUGUCGUACACAACGUUUGAGUACGGCCGCCCGUCGCUCAGCGCCAAGGUCCUGAGCCCCAACGGCAGCAUCGAACUUACGGUGGGUAUAAGCAACCUCGGCCCCGUGGCCGGCGCCGAGACGGUCCAAUUGUACGUUCGCGACCCAAAGAGCCGGCUGCCCCGCCCGGAGAAGGAGCUCGUGGCGUUUGAAAAGGUUGAGCUUGAUGCGGGUGAAACAAAGCACCUUAGGAUCCCGAUCGAUAAGUAUGCGGUUGGUUACUAUGAUACGGAGCUGGGCAGGUGGAUUGCGGAGGAGGGAUGGUUUGAGGUGUCGGUUGCUGCCUCGGCGGCGGAUGUCAAGUAUUCGGUUGCAUUUGAGGUUAAGGAGUCGUUUACAUGGGUCUUUUGA